CUCCCCCUCUUCCCCACCACCAUCCCGCACUCGAAUGUGAGAGGCGACGCACCUCGCCAGCCACGAUGCCCCCGCCGACCGCCUCGUCGCUGGCCGCGGCCGCCGACCCCGCGCUCCCCGCGGCCUUCCUCUCCGUCCCGUCCCCGUUCCUCCCCUCCUCCGCGACCCUCCCCUUCGCCGCCGCCGUCGCCGCGCCCUCCCACGCCUCUUUCCUCCCCCGCGCGCGCGGGGGUUCCCGCGCGCUCGCCGUCUCCGUCUCCGUCACCGGGCCGACGUCCACCGCCGCGUCGCGGCUCCACCACAUGUGGGGCGAGUUCGCCCGCUUCGUGCGGCUCCACGGGAACCAAAUCGCCCCGCUCGGUUUCGGCUCCCUCGGUUUAGCCGUUGGAGGCGGCGGCGGUGGGGGCAAGGCGGACGGGAAUGGAGGGGGCGGAGGUGGUGGGGGUGCGGAUGGGGUGGUCGAGGAGGAUGGAAUGGCGCGGGCGGAGGCGCCCAAGAAGGUGUUGAUCCUGAUGAGUGACACGGGCGGAGGACACCGUGCGUCUGCUGAGGCCAUCAAGGCCGCCUUUGCCCAGGAGUUCGGCGAUGACUACCAGGUUUUUGUCACUGACUUAUGGACCGAACAUACCCCAUGGCCUUUCAACCAAUUGCCCAGAAGCUAUAGUUUCUUGGUGAAACAUGGACCCUUGUGGAAAAUGACAUACUAUGGUACCGCACCGCGUGUAAUUCAUCAGCCACAUUUUGCUGCAACAUCAACAUUCAUAGCAAGAGAGGUUGCAAAAGGUCUAAUGAAGUACCAACCAGAUGUGAUUAUUAGUGUACAUCCCUUGAUGCAACAUGUUCCCCUUCGAGUUCUACGGUCCAGAGGUUUAUUGGAUAAGAUUCCAUUCACAACAGUUAUCACAGAUCUGAGCACUUGUCACCCAACAUGGUUUCACAAGCUUGUGACUAGAUGUUACUGUCCAUCAGCUGAGGUUUCAAAGCGAGCACUAAAAGCUGGACUGCAACCUUCACAAAUUAAAGUCUAUGGCCUCCCUGUACGCCCAUCUUUUGUCAAACCUGUUCAACCGAAGGAUGAGUUGCGUAGGGAGUUAGGUAUGGAUGAAGAUCUGCCUGCUGUUCUAUUAAUGGGCGGAGGGGAAGGGAUGGGUCCUAUUGAAGCCACUGCUAGAGCGCUCGAUAAUGCUUUGUAUGAUGAAAGCCUUGGGGAACCGAUGGGUCAAAUACUUGUUAUUUGUGGACGUAAUAAGAAGUUGGCUAGCAGAUUGCAGUCAAUCAGUUGGAAAGUUCCCGUCCAGGUGAAAGGUUUUGUUACAAAGAUGGAAGAAUGUAUGGGUGCUUGUGACUGUAUCAUCACAAAGGCAGGUCCUGGUACGAUUGCGGAGGCGAUGAUUCGCGGGCUACCCAUUAUUCUAAAUGGUUAUAUCGCUGGGCAGGAAGCUGGCAAUGUUCCAUAUGUUGUUGAAAAUGGGUGUGGGAGGUUCUCCAAAUCUCCAGAACAUAUUGCGAAGAUUGUCGCUGACUGGUUCGGCCCCAGAUCCGAUGAGCUCCAAGUAAUGUCCCAAAAUGCCCUGAAACUAGCACGGCCAGAUGCCGUGUUUAAAAUUGUUCAUGAUUUACAUGAGCUAGUUAGGCAAAAAUCUUUUGUGCCACAAUAUGCAUGUGCAACAUAAGUUCCUCUUUUCCCUUUUGAGUUUAGUUAGUUCUAUUCUUUUCUUGCGGCAUUAGUUCAUAGUUAUUUGUGAGGAUUCAAAAUAUCAAUUGAUUUGCAAAUGUCAUCAUGAAAGGAAGGAACUCAAGAAAAAGUAUUACCCAGCUUUGUUUGGCUUGAUA